AUGGCCGCGCAAAUGAUAAUCGAACGCGAUGUGCUGGUCCCUUGUGACGACGGCCUGUGUCUGCGUGCUGAUGUCUAUCGUCCCAAAACGGGAGGUCCUCAUCCGGUUAUUAUGACCCUUGGCCCAUAUGGCAAAGGCGUCCCCUACAGAGUCGGCUUCAAGCCACAGUGGGAUUGGUUGGUGUCGACAUAUCCAGAUAUCCUCCCUGGCUCCUCGCGGGAGUAUAUGAACUGGGAGACUGUUGAUCCGGAAACCUGGGUUCCCUGGGGCUACGCCUGUGUGCGCGUCGAUUCCCGGGGCGCCGGCCGCUCUCCCGGGAAAAUCGAUAUGUUCUCUCCUCGAGAGAUCAAAGACUACUACGACGCGAUCGAAUGGGCCGCUACCCAGCCCUGGAGUACGGGCAAGGUUGGCCUCAACGGGAUUUCAUACUACGCCAUCGCGCAAUGGUUAGUGGCGUCUCUACAGCCACCACAUCUAACUGCCAUGAUACCGUGGGAAGGUGCCGCCGAUUUCUAUCGCGAUUGGGCUCGUCAUGGCGGCAUUGAAUCCAAUGGGUUCCUGGAAGCGUGGUAUCCUAAGCAGGUUAUCUCAGUUCAGCAUGGAAAUCCUAAGACGAUCCUUGACCCCUGGAUGAAUGAGCGUGCCAGUGGGCCAGAAUCUCUUUCAGAAGACGAGCUCCAGCGCAACCGUACAGACCCUGUCCAGGAUAUCCUCUCCCGGCCUCUUGACGGAGACUGGUAUAGAGAUCGUUCAGCGAUCUGGGACAAGGUCACCGUUCCAUUCCUCAGCGCUGCAAAUUGGGCUGGGUAUGGAUUGCAUCCGCGCGGGAAUUUCGAAGCCUUCACGCAGGCAGCCUCCAAGCAAAAAUGGCUCGAAUGUCAUCCCGGACGCCAUGAGGAGUGGUUUUACCUCGACCAAGGCAUGGCUUUACAGAAACGCUUCCUCGAUCACUUCCUCAAAGGAGAGGACAAUGGGUGGGCCAAAGAACCACCAGUUCUGCUGCGUCUCAGGCGUCCAGACAGUGACAAGACAGGCAACUUUGAGGUUCGAAUGGAAUCAAGUUGGCCUUUGCCGGACACCAAAUGGACCAGGAUGUACUUGGAGGUGACUGAUGGAUCACUGAACAUGGCGUUGGAGGCUCCCCAGGUGGCUUCAAGUGCGGACUUUGAAGCCCUUCAAGAGCCGUUGACCUUUUAUUCUUCGCCUAUGGGACGAGAUAUCGAGAUCACGGGACCACUUAUGGCAAAAGUCUUUGUAUCGUCCUCAACGAUAGAUUGCGACUUAUUCCUCACGCUACAAGCAUUCGACCCCGAAGGCAAAGAGGUAGAUUUCAAAGGGACCGUCGACCCGCAUACACCAUUGGCACAGGGCUGGCUUCGAGCAUCUCACCGCAAGUUGGAUCUUCAGAAAUCUCUGCCCUACCGCCCGUAUCAUACCCACGAUGAACUCCAGCCCUUGGAACCCGGGCAGGUCUAUGAGCUGGACGUCGAGAUUUGGCCUACUCACAUCCUCUUGCCAGCCAAUUAUCGCUUGGCUUUGCAAAUCAGUGGAAAAGACUUUGAGCGAUCAUUACCACCAGACACGCCGAACGAAGCGUGGGUGUCCAGAGGGUCCGGCCCGUGGCUACACAACCUGCCAGAGGAUCGUCCACCAAGUGUCUUUGGGGGUAAGACGACAAUAUAUACAGGCGGGCCCACGUCGUCACAUCUGCUUCUUCCUAUUAUCGAGAAGGCCGCCUAG